AUGCCCCGCAUGAUGCGCUCGCCUCCGCAAAGCUCACCCGGCAAUUGUGCACUAUUGGAAACGCAGUCGGAACCUGAUCUCUCACCUGUCGUCGUGGCAUCGGAAUCUAGUUCCCAUGAUUUAGGCAACAUUACUACAAGACCAAGUAACAAACGUUUUCGAGGUGAUGACAGCUGGACGGAACCGGACAAGUUUACAGAUUUGAAAAAUAUGCUGCUUUCGUGGAAAUCCGACCAAGAUAUCAUCUUGAAUAAACUGGUUGCUGAAGUUUCUGAGCUUAAACAACAGGGCCUCAGUAUUCAAAAGACCAAUACAGAGAUUGAGAAAACAAUUCAGUUUUUCAAUAAAAGUUAUGAAGACAUGAGGGAACGUGUUGAAAGAUUAGAAAAGGAACAUAAGGAAUGUGAGAAGCGCAUAAACGACAUGAUCAACAUCAGCAGUGGUCCGACGAUAACCAAACUUGAGGCGAAGAUCGACUCGAUGGAACAACAGGCGCGGCUAUGUAAUGUCGAAGUCUGUAACUUGCCUGAGAAGCGGAAUGAGAACUUGUUCACAAUUAUCGAGGCGAUAGGCAAUGCAGUAAAAUUUCCUGUGUCACAAAAUGACAUUGUCGCUAUCCACAGAGUCCCGCAUGCACAUCGGAAUGACAACAAGCCCAAAAAUAUUAUAGUAAAAUUUAAAUCACUGUUAACUCGUGACAACUUACUGAGCGCCUACCGAAAAAGUAAAUGCAUUAAGACCGACCAAAUAGGAAUAUCAGGCGCUUUGACUUCAAUUUACUUAAAUGAACAUCUGACAUUGAAAAAUAAAGCGUUAUUUCGUGAGGCAAGAAAGCUCGCUAAUGAAUGUGGUUUUAAAUAUGUUUGGGUACGAAAUGCUACGAUACUUGUGCGCAAGCAAGAUGGAACCUCUGCAUUUGCGAUACGUUCUAAUGUUGAUCUGGGUAAAAUUGUUAGUGGCAAGAAAACCCCUACUGAUACUGAUGCUAAGGAACUUUAG